ACACCAUUGGCUUGGGCCCCUGGGUGCUGUCCUCUACGCAGCGUGCAUCGAGGCAAGCUUCAAAGUACGGAAAACAAAAGUCGACGAGGACACCGGCCUGCAAGGGCCGUGUUUGUUCCUGUAAAGAAUGACGAACACGUACAGGGAUUCGGGCAGAGCAGGCGUGGAAGACGAGGAGGAGUUUGUGGAUGUAUUGGAGGAGAGGAGGCACAGCAGUGAUCUUGGCCAUGCCUUCAGGACCUUCAACCCCCAACCCUACAAAGGAGCCCCGUCCUGCUCCACGGCUGACCUCAACAAAGCCGUGCUGGAGUCCCAGUAUCUCUGCUACGUGACGAAGGAGAUCGCCAUGGAGACGAGGUCAUCGGUGGAGGAGGUGAGAGAGAAGGCGUGUGGGAUUUUGGAGGAAAUGUCUCAAAACUUGCAGCUGGGGUUUAUCAGGCUGAUGGCCUACACGCUCACCAAGGUGCUCAAGAGACUCUUCACCAGCAUCAAUGUCAACAUGGAAGGACUCAACGCGCUCCAACAAGCCAUACAGGAGACUCCUGUCAUCCUGAUGCCCAAUCACAGGAGUUAUGUGGACUUCUUGGUUAUCUCCUACAUCCUGUUUACCUAUGACAUCCCAGUACCUGUUAUUGCUGCAGGCAUUCCUCUUGCAGGGAUGAAGAUGGUCGGAGAGAUACUGCGCCGCUCUGGAGCUUUCUAUAUCCGACGUGCCAUUGGGUCUGACAAACUGUACUGGGCAGUGCUGUCAGAAUAUGUCAAAACCAUUGUCAAGAAAGGAUUUGCUCCUGUGGAGUUUUAUGUGGAAGGCCUGCGGAGUCGUACGCUGAAGUCUCUGACGCCCAAGUUAGGUAUGAUGCAAAUGGUGCUGGAGCCCUACUUUAAAGGUGAGGUGUAUGACAUCACAUUGGUUCCCAUCAGUAUCAGCUACGACCGAGUGCUGGAGGAAUCGUUGCUUGCCCACGAGUUACUGGGCGUCCCCAAGCCCAAAGAAAGCACCACGGGUCUGCUGAAGGCUAGCAAAGUGCUCCAGGAAGAUUACGGCAGCAUGAAUGUGAACUUUGGCCGCCCCCUAUCAGUCCGGCGUCUGUGUCAGGGCAAGAUAAACCGCUGCCAGUACAACCUCAUACCCAGAGAUCUUCCUCAGAAGCCGAGUGCAGAGACUCAGGCCUGCGUGAAUUGGCUGGCUAAUCUGAUGGUACGAAUCCAAGAGGAGGGCUCUCUGAUCAGCCCUUGGUCUCUGAUGGCCUGCCUGUUGCUUCAGGCUCCUACUGCAGUAUUAACAGAGGAGGGCCUUCUGUGGCAUCAGCUCACAGAGAAAACCCUCUGGCUCAGGAAGCUGGCGCUGGACUUUGGGGCCCGCCUGAACUGGCCUGGAAAAGUCCCUGACUCAGAUGUGAUGUCAUCCGCUGUGGCCCUUCAUCACUCUAUAGUUCGCCGUAAAGCGGGCCGCGUGUAUCUGCUUCAGGAGGAAAAGCCCGCGAGGGAACAUCCAGUCAGCCAGGAGGAGGGUGUGAUCAGGACAGCGGUGGCGGUGCUGAUGUUGGCUUCCUAUAGGAAUCAGUCUCUGCACGUUUUUUUGCGUCCUGCCAUGCUUGCGACGGCCAUACACGUCACAAAGGCCACACGGAGAGACGAGCUCUUCACCUUCUUCAGCUUCCUACAGGACGUCUUCUCCAACGAAUUUAUCUUCAUCCCUGAAAAGUCGUCUCAGGACUUUGAGGAGGCAUGCUCUCUUCUGAAGAAAUGUGGAGCUGUCCACAUCAGUCCCCAGGAAGUGACGGUGUCAGAUGCAGGGCUGGAGGUGCUAUCCUUCCUGCGGGCACUUCUACAACCCUUCAUAGACUCUUAUCAGGUGAUGUUCAAGCACCUUUGUGAGGAGAGAGUUCAUGUCUUCUCUGAGAAACAGUUCCAAACUGCUGUGCGAAACCUGGCCACAAAGCUCAUCCUGUCAGAUGAGCUUCGCUCCUAUGAAGCCCUUUCCUCUGACACGCAAAAAAACCUUCUGUCGGCUCUGCGGAGGCUGGAGACUGUGACAAAACUGCAGGCAUCUGAGCAGAAUGAAUACAGAGUGAACAAAGAUGCUGUGAGAAGAAUUGGAGACAUACUUUGCGGGACAAUCCCUCCCCAGAUGCUCCAGACUGCACCUGACGCAAGACUUUAGUCUCCAUUGGAACAGAUCCAUCUUCAGUAUCAGCUCACAGUCUUGUUCACACCUACGUUACCCUUUCGUCUUUUCCCACUUCUCAUCCCUCUUUCUCAUCUUCUUCCCUUUUGUGCCUUUCUAUGCAGCAAUACUGCUGCACCCUAACUCUGCAAUCAGACAAAAUACUUUCUAUCCUGGAUGCCAGUGGCCAGACUUAACCUGGCAGCGUUCUGCUCUUGAACACUUGCUACCUCCCCCUCUCUGUGUCCUCGCUCUCAUCCCUUACAGAUCUGACAGGGAUAAGAUAAAGCUACAAAGACCUUAUAUGGUGACCCCAAAGGUGACAGUAUUGCUGCUUUUGCUUGGUGGCUUUUAUCAGAAUAAGGUGAUGAAGAAAGAUUUACGUAUGACUGAUGCACUGGUGAUGCCUGUGGAUUAAGAUACCAAACUAUAACUGUCAGUAACAUUGUCUUAUAGCUGUAUAGUUGAUUGACAAGGCUGACUUGUGUAAUUUAGUGAAUGAAUAGAGCACUUUAAAGUAAAAUUGAUUGUGGGUAUAGUAUGUGCAAUUAGAUAGUAAAGUCUAAAUUAUGACACUCGAUUGUAUGUACAUUAAUAUACCAAUAAAUAUCAUAACAAUGUCAAACACCAUAA